AUGAUUUUAACUUAUUUAUUGUUAUUCCUGGGUACUACUAUCCUUAAUUUGGCUAAAGUAAGUGCAAAUUUCUAAGAAUAUCCCAUUAAUUAUUGUGAUGAUGAUAUUUAUGAAUAGCUAGACAAGUAGAAUGUAUAAUACGCAGAAUAUUAGUAGUAUAUUUUCAUAUUAAACUUCACUGAUUAGAUUUUUUUUUAGCUUAAAGAUUGCAUUGCGUAAAAAUAGUUAACCUUUGUUAAUUAGUAAAGUGUAAACAUUAGCUUGGAUUUUUAGAACAUUAGAAAUAGCUUUUCAGGUAACUUUCCUUUAGUAACAGUUUUUAAUGUAACCUUCGCAGAAUUUGGCAAUAUAACAAUUAAAGAUACUUUAGGUUAUAUGGUUAGAUUGGAAAUUAUUUAGACUUUAGUUAUCUCUAAUCUUGUAAUGAAUAAAAGUAGUGAUUUCACAAUUAAUUAAGUAGAUAAAUUGGUAAUUGAUAAAUUUUACAUAGAAAAAACAAUAAAAACCAGUAAAAUUGUAUAUUCAAAUAUUCUGGAAGCUAGAAUUUACAAUUUAUAUGCCAAUUAAAUAUUUGGGGAUUUUAGUUUAGGUUGUUAAGUAUUACUUAUAAAUAACAUGACUUACACUCAAUAUGAGAAGUAGCAGAUAGAAAGCAUCCAAAAAAGUAAUCAGUUUGUUUUUAAUGGUAAUUAGAUUGUAGGUAUUGACAAUCUUAUAAUCAAUAGAAUAUCAGAUGUAUUUUAUUUAAAAUCUCAGGGAACAAUAUUAAUCAAAAAGAUAAAAUAUUCUACUAAUUUAUUUUUGUAAAAAGAUUCAAAUGACAGAGGUAAGCUAUUUGAUUAUUACUUUUAUAUAUGGGCUAAAAAAUUAACUAUUUAUGAAAUAUGGUUUGACAGGUUGAAUCACUAUGAUUAUUACCUAAAUUUAGAAUAUGAUUAACUAAACAUUAGAUAACUGAUUGUUACUAAUUGCGAUUAAUACUUUCUCAUAAUGAAAGGAAAUUCAUCAUUUAUUUCUGAAUUUUAUCUAAAUUCUUCUUUGCAAAUUUUCCCUGGAUCAAUGGAUAAUGAUCUUUAACUUAUCUUGAGUUAAUAAAAUUUUAAAAUAGGAAACAUCUAUAUUGGAAAUGAAAUACCAAAUGAAUCAGUUUCUCAGAGCUCUCUGUUAAAUAAUAAAUUGUAUUUACAAAUCACCCUAUUUAAUACACUCACUAUCAAUGAAUUUAAAAACUCGAAAGAAGAGGAAUUUUAUUUGAAAGUUAUCUCUAUCAAUACAUUUAUAUUAAAUAAAAUUGAUCUCUCAUAUAUGUAAUCUGGUGAUUAUUCGAAAAACUAAUUUUUUCUUCAAAAAAUAUAAGAAGUCCAUAUUAACAACUUAGAUAUAAAUUUAAGUUAAAAUGUUAAUUUUUAAUUGAUCAGAGCUUAUUAUAUCUAAAAUUUUUACCUUUAAAGUGCUUCUAUCAAGAAUAUUUUUGUAUCUAACAUAUAUUUUAUUGAUCUUCAAUAAAUUGAAAAUGUUUUUAUAUCUGACCUUCAUAUUUAUGGAAGCUGCUUUAAUUGGGGAAUAAUUUACUUAAAUAGCAUUUAAAAUUUGGAAUUCUCCAACUCUACUAUUGACAUCUACCCCAAUGAAAGUUGUAAAUAUUUAUAAAAACCUUAAAAUUUGCUUGAAACUGAUUUGCUGAAGUAAAAAUUAUUUCUUUAAAAUGAUUAAUAACCUUCAUUUGUAGUGAUAGAACCACUUUUUAAAGAAAGCGAAGAAAUAAUAGAAUUUUAAUUUUAAUUCAUCAAUAUCACUGCCAACUUUAGAGAGGCUAACGCUCGUUUUUUAGAUAGCAGAGAUAAUUAUAAGUCUUUAGCAAUUGACAAUUGCAUUUUUAAGAAUAUGCAUAUUCUGUAAAAUGGAGGUUGCAUUAGAUUAUCUAACAGAUUUGAAAGCUUUCAUUUUUAAUCGAUUACAAAUACAGUAUUUGAAAACUGUUUCAGUCAGAAUUUUGGAGGAGCAAUAUACUCUCAAUCUUAGAUCAAGAUUUAUAAUGUAACCAUAGUAAACUCUUUUGCUGCAUUUGGAGGAGCUUAUGCUGGAUAGAUCGAUGAAAACUAUUCAAAUAAUUUAAUUGAUUAUUAUAAAUUGAAUUAAUUAAUCAACGUUAAAUCUUCUUAUUUAUCAAAUAGACUUUUAACUCUAUCAACCAUUAAAAUAUUGAAGGUGUUGGAAUAUAAUUCAGAGAUUGCAGAAAUGCCUUCAAUUAUUUAAUAGUAUGAUUAUGAUAAUUCUACUUCUAUUUAAAUUAGGCCAGGCAUUAAUUACAUUUUAGUUUUACAAGUUUGUUUGGUAUCAGUUGAAAAUGAUACAUAGAAUAAAACGAUUGAAUGUUUUGAUAAGUAAAAUCAAUUCGAUAAUAUGUAUUAUUAUAUUAACUAAACACUCACAUCAAAUGAAGAUUAAGAAGUGAAAGACUCGUUCUUGCCUAUCAAUAUAAACUUUAUGAAGGAUCAAGCUUAUCUAGUUUUCUAGCCCAAAUCAAACAAAAAUUAUUCUUCAAUAUCGUUGCAACUGCUUUAACAUUUCAAACUUGACCUUAAUUUUGAAAUAACGAAUUGCACUCUUGGCUAAUAUUACAACUAUAUCAAUCCAUAUUAAUAUUAGUGUUAAUACUGCCCUGAUAUGUUUGCUAGCUAUUAAACUGGCUUGCAGAAAUCUUGCUACUAAUGUGACCCUAAGUACUUUUCUAAGUGCUAUGGUAAUUACUCAGAAAUUAAUCAAAAUUUUUAUAGAGAAUUCUAUACAAUCAAAAGGGAAGAAAUAUACUAAUGUGGUUAAUUUAAUUUUUGUGUAGGCGGAUCAGGAAUUGGAAAUAGUUUGUGUUCAGAAGGUAGGGUAGGCGUAGAAUGUUCUUCUUGUGACAUUCAUGCAUAAUAUUGGAAUUAAUCCUAUAGUUAGAGUGGCUAUUUUGCAUGUACUAAAUGUUAAGAUAUAUCUUACAACCAAGUUAAAAUUUUCUUGCUGUUAAUAGGAAUAAUCGUGUUCCUCUUUUUGGUUAUAUACAGCAAUACUUCUAACAUAAUUAAAAGCAUCACAAGAUCAUAUUUGUCAAAGCUUGGAAUAGUUUAUCUAGGUAGAAGCUACUAGAAUAUGGGUUAGUCUUCUGUUUAUAUCAAAAUAUUCUCGUUUAAUGCAAGUAUGGCCUACUUCAUUUAACAAUAACUUAACAUUAACUUGAAGGGAUUGCUCUUAGACUAGCAAAUGCAAUUCUCAGAUCCUUUAAAAACAAGUGCUAUUUCACUUGAGUGUGCAAUAAAGGAAAAUUAUCCUAACGAAAACUCAGAAAUUGGCUUCAUCAAAUUACUAAUUUAUCUCAGCAUCCCUAUGAUAAUUCUGCCCGUAGUUUUUACUCCUUAUUUAUUCAUGCUUUUGAGAUAAAAGAUGGGUAAAAAAUAAUUUCUAUACAUUAUAGCACUCAGCUGUAUCUAUAUAUUAUUUAUAUCCUUUUAUAACCCCAUUCUUAGCAUUUGUCUUGAUGCUCUUCUUUGCAGGACAUAUGGUAAUAAUUAAAAAUACUCACUACUUGACUUAACCUAACAGUGUUAGCAGGCCAAGCAACAUUCUCACUACGCUAUUGCUGGUAUUGUUAUUUACAGUAUAAUUUUACCAACAAUAAUAGUAAUUGGACUUAUUAGAAAUAAAAACCGCUUAAAUAAAAUCAGCACUCUUUUUACUUUAGGAUUUCUAUACAGAGAUUACAAGGAGAAGUAUUAUUAUUGGGAACUUGUGAGAUUCUCAAUUAAGAUCAUUAUUUUGCUUAUACAAAAAGUAUUUUUAGAAAGCAUUCAAUUCAUGAAUAGCUUAAAUAUAAUAUGUCUUUUGUCAUAUAUGAUUCCUCUAAUUAUAAUUAAACCUUUCGCUAUUUCAAAUAUGAAUAAAUUAGAAGUGAUAUCUGUGUGUAUAAUCAUCCUUAGCUUUUUUGCACUCAUUAUCUUCACUAAUGAAAAAAAUAACAACACCUAAUUCCUCUUAGAAAGCUAAAUUUUGCUCUAUUUCAGCUUAAUCUGCACAUUAAUUUUUGCUGUCUAUUUAUCAAUUUGCAUUAUCAUCUCACUUUUCGAAACACAAAUUCUCAAGCUUUAAAAAUAUUCAUGUGCAAAAAAAAUGUGCUUCAAAUUUUAUCUAUUCAAUAUGGCUGCCCAUUAAAAAAGAGUCCGUGAAAAUUUGAAAAAAAUGAGAAGAGUAGUUAAGAGAAUUAUAGGAGAAGAAAUUCCUUUCAUGAAUUCACAAAAAUCUUUUCAUAAUUAUGAAUUAGAAGAUUAAAAUACAUUCAUAUAGGAUGAAAGCUAAGUAUUUGAAACAUAUUCAUAAAAGUAAAUUCAAAUCAUUUGA